AUGUCUCCGUAUAAUGCUCAGAGACGAGCACCGCAAGCCUCAGGAACACCUACCGCUAGUCCAUCCCUUAUAUCCACAACUACCACAACAUCGUCGAGCAGAAGUUCUACCUGGGAUACUCGAGCUGGCACCCCCGUGCUCAGUACAGCUGCCCCACGACCGUCUGCUUCAGCGACCAGUUCUCAUUCCGGAGGCCUUCUUUCCUCCAAGAUUGGGGUGGCCUCUCUAUGCGCCGGCAUCGCCGUAGCAUGUCUACUCCUCGCUGGAUUCCUUGUCUACAAAGUUAGGUCGAAGCAGAUCAAAAUAGAACAAGCCAGGUCUCAGCGGUCUGCCUCUGUUGCCGUCUCGACCGCGUCUCGAUCGACCAAAGCCCCUCCGAGUCCCUUCCACCUCAAGUCGCGAACUCAUCAACUGAAUCGAGAUGAAACGAUUCAUUCUAAUAGCUCAAGACCAUCGAAUCAUCUGUCUACAGUCGACACGACCUCUCGGGCAGGAACUUCGCAAGGCUAUCCACCUCUCUCGAACCCUUCCGAUUCGCGCUCAACCUCGCCGUAUAACCUGUCGCUCCUGCAGCGUAUGUCUUCCAGUGUUUCAGCCGUAGGCACAAACUCGCGAAUCGGCAUGCGGGAAGACGUCGGGUUGUUAAGCCGUAACACCUCGACGCAAUCUCGUGGAUUUCAGGAGCGGCCUUCUUCAUUUGGGACUGGCACAGAGUCCAGGAUAUCUGUGGGUGCCUCGAGUGCAUAUGGCUCCCGAACGCACUUGAUACAGCCAAGCUCUGCAAUUUCCGCGCCUGCGCCUGCGCCCUCAAUUUCAACAGUCGCCACCGUCCACGAGCGGAGACCGCUGCCCGUUCCUCCUCACCCUCCUCCAGCGUACGAUACCAUUCACCAACAUCCUACCAACGGCCUCUCCUCGAUACAGCCUCUCAAGGACUCUGACAUUUUAGAGAAAAAGCCUCUGGAUCUUCAACCCGAGGUGAAUCGCACAGCUACCAUGCGAACGAGCUCAACAAGCUCCGCGCCACGCCAAGAUUAUCCCUAUGUUUUCGACACUGAAACAGGAGCACUUGUCUCGUCGUCGGUGGGACCGAUUACUGGCGCGCUCUCACGGCAAGCAUCGCAUAGCACGACGCAAACAGUGUCGUCACCUCGUCCAGAGGCCCUUGUUCGCGCCUCGAUCAACUCACAGGCUCCCAUUUCACCUUCCACUCCAUACCCUUUGCACCGCCGAGCCAUGAGUGCUGACCAGGAUCCGUUCACCAAUGCUCAGUAUGAACUACCUGCAUGGUUGAACGAGGAUCCAUUCCCCGCAACCAGUCUACGACACCAUACGAGCCAGUAUUCACUCUACGGAGGACCAGCAAGAAGUGUGGCAGCCUCUUCACGUGUUCUACCUUCUGAAUCCUCCAUCCGCUCAAUUUCACCAGAUCUCGAUAAUGCCUCCGUCUCUCAUCUCGCACCUCCUCGCUCACGCUCAGUGGGCACAUCGCUCCGUCCAUUCUCAAUUUCGGGAUCCGUGCACUCGCAGGCUCCAACGCAACUUGUUGAGGGUGAGGGGCCACAAGUGGAGGAAAUGUUAAUCAUGCAGGGAGCCGAGCGUCCUGGAUGGGCUCAGUCAAACCCCUCGUUUGCCCGCUCGCUCUCGAUGAACCGUCGUCAGUUUAUGGGCGAUCACUUUGUCGAUGUCGAGGUUCAUCCCUCCGCAGUCAGUGGGACGAGCAUCGCUGGGGCCGGGGUUGGGUCCCGUGGUUCGUUGGACACUCAGAGAUAUACGAAUUUCCUUUCCAUCACCCCUCUUACAGGGAGCACACCCAAUCUCUCUCGGGCGUUCAGCGUUGGUUCGCAGAGACGCGAGAGCAAUAAUAUCAUCAAUGGCCUUUUGCGAGGAAGGACUGUGUCUGCUGUUGCGCAGUCGUGGCAGCGUGCCACGAUCAACCGCUCGACACCGACAUUGGUCGGCGCACCAAUCCGACACCAUGAAUCAACUGCAACCUCGGGCUACGAGGCAACUGUAUGGCCAGACAGUGCCUCUUUCCCUGCGAGUGCGCGGUUGAAUCACCUGCCACUACCCACUACUCAGGUCGCUGGCGUCUCAGGCUCGUCACAGGCUCUACCAGCCGACGUGGAGUCCAUCCGCAGUGUGUCGCCUGAAGUAGGUUGGAUUGGUCUACCAGCAGACAACGAAGCCAACCAUCCCCCUGAACCGCACCGUCCAGAGCCCGUACAUCUUGCAGACACUUCGGACCGACGUGUUUCGCGCAUUAGCAUUGGUGAAGAGGCACUUCUCUGGAGCCAAAUGACCUCGGUAAUGGAGGCUCAGAACGAACAACCUUCUGUAGCUUCAAAACCGUCAUGA